AUAUAGUUCAGAAGUUAAGACAAAUUAUAGUUAAUAUCUCAGUUUCCUUUAAGUGAAAUGCUUUAGGAAAUGAGUCUACCCCAGAACCUAAGCUCAUCCCCAGAAGGGAUCUGCAGGAAAACUGGGGCUGCUCCCUGUCUUUAAGCAGCUCUAGAAACACCUGGGUCAGAAUGCACUUCUUUUAUUUUUUAGUGAUUCCAUGGGGACUGGACACUCUGUCACAUUCCUUCCAGGCCUGAGUAAGAAUUGCUGCCUCAUCCAGAAAUCUCUAACUCCCAUAGUUCCUUUCCCAGAUCUUUUGAAAGAACUCUGCUUCUUUUAAGUACAACAAAUGAUUAGCCAAUAUUUACCUCUGCUGAAAAAUAACCAGGAUUCUGCAAACUUUCAUAAACAGCCCAUGUUUAAUAAGAAAACAAAAGUAAUUGUGUAAGAAUUUGCUGGACUUUCUCUCUAGUUUAUCAGUAAGGUGAUUCUUCUUGAGUGAGCUGUGGACCAGGAGAUUCACAGUGAAGUGGUGAGAUCAAGAACAGCCAGAGAGAAGCUUUAAGAAGAAACAGAAGCACUUGGCUUUCAUACUCUCUGGCCUGUGUUUCCAGAAGUCUUGCAGCAGGAAGAAAAAUGGCAGAGUUAAAGUACAUUUCUGGAUUUGGGAACGAAUUUGCUUCAGAAGACCCUCGCUGUCCAGGUUCCCUACCAGAAGGGCAGAAUAACCCGCAAGUCUGCCCCUACAAUCUGUAUGCUGAACAGCUCUCAGGAUCAGCCUUUACUUGUCCACGGAGCACCAAUAAGAGAAGCUGGCUGUAUCGGAUUCUACCUUCAGUCACUCACAAACCCUUUGAGUCCAUUGAUCAAGGCAAUGUCACUAACAACUGGGAUGAAAUUGAACCUGAUCCUAACCAGCUUAGAUGGAAACCAUUUGAGAUUCCAAAAGCAUCUCAGAAGAAAGUGGACUUUGUGAGGGGCCUACACACCUUGUGUGGAGCUGGAGACAUUAGAUCCAACAAUGGCCUUGCUGUUCACAUUUUUCUAUGCAACACCUCCAUGGAGAACAAAUGCUUUUACAAUUCAGAUGGGGACUUCCUGAUUGUUCCCCAGAAAGGAAAACUUCUCAUUUACACUGAGUUUGGCAAGAUCCUUGUGCAGCCCAAUGAGAUCUGCGUCAUUCAGAGGGGAAUGCGCUUCAGCAUAGAUGUCUUCGAGGAGACCAGGGGCUACAUCCUGGAGGUCUAUGGCAUCCACUUUGAGUUACCUGACCUGGGACCCAUUGGAGCUAAUGGUUUGGCCAAUCCUCGUGAUUUCUUGAUACCUGUUGCCUGGUAUGAAGAGCGUCAAGUACCAGGUGGUUACACUGUGAUUAAUAAAUACCAGGGCAAGCUGUUUGCCGCCAAACAGGAUUUCUCACCAUUCAACGUCGUAGCCUGGCAUGGGAACUACACACCCUACAAGUACAACCUGGACAACUUCAUGGUCAUCAAUGCAGUCGCCUUUGACCAUGCGGACCCCUCCAUUUUCACAGUGCUGACUGCCAAGUCCAUGCGUCCUGGAGUGGCCAUCGCUGACUUUGUCAUCUUCCCACCUCGGUGGGGGGUAGCUGAGAAAACCUUCAGGCCUCCUUAUUACCACAGGAACUGCAUGAGUGAAUUCAUGGGACUCAUCAAAGGUCAUUACGAGGCCAAGCAAGGUGGAUUCCUGCCAGGGGGCGGCAGCCUGCAUAGUGCCAUGACCCCCCAUGGUCCUGAUGCUGACUGCUUUGAGAAGGCCAGCAAAGCCACACUGGAGCCUGAGAGGAUUGCCGAUGGCACCAUGGCAUUUAUGUUUGAGUCUUCCCUAAGUCUGGCUGUCACUAAAUGGGGACUCAAAGCUUCCAGUUGUUUGGAUGAAAAUUACUACAAGUGCUGGGAACCUCUCAAGAGCCACUUUACCCCCAAUUCCAGGAAGCCAGCAGGACCUUAACUGAGACUGGAGCCUUUUGACCAUAACUGAAAAUGGAUUUAUAUGGUUUCCUACAGAAUCUCAUGUAUGCUCUCUGAUGGGGGUGGAAGGUUUGGAUAAAAUGCAAACUCACGUUUCAUAGAAACUCAGAAUAUUUGUGAAAAUAUGUUUGGGAAUUUCUAUGAUUGUUCACUUAAUUACACAAUAAACAUCUGGUAAUAUUCUGUGGAAGUGGUAAACAGCCAUAAUCAAGUCUUAAUGAGCCCAAUCUAUCGUGGCCAAAAAUUAUUGGUAGGCCCCUUCCCAUGUGCUUUAGCCUUACAGCCUUCAUUCUAGUAGAACAAGACCAAGUAUCAAUCAGAGACCAGGAAGGAUAGGACAAGCACUAAGUCCAUGACUUGGGGCUGAUGUCCAAGAUCAGAAUCUUAGGAGCUAAUCCAAGCAUGGGGAACUCAAGGAGGUCAGAAGACUUCCAAACUUCUGUCAGCUUAACAUAGCUGGGCAGCCAAGACAGUAGGCAUCUAAUCAUGGUAUCACAUAGUAGCCAAUACAACCAGGACCAACCAUUCCUGGCCAUUACAGGUCUGUCUCCUCAAUAGACAAGAACAUCAGUAGUUAAGGAGAAAGAAUCAUUCACUCACUUUGGGUGACCUACUUUCCUGGUUUGCCUAAGACUGCUCCAAUUUUUGCAACUAAGGCCCCUCCUCUGAGGAAGCCCCUCAGUGUUGGUCAAGCCGAUCAUCUUACUUUUUGCUCACUUCUCUGUCUGGUCACAUGUUCAGUCUGUACUAUCACUCCAGAACAAGAUGUUGAUGGUGCAUGGCUGAAAAGGAAGAUGCAAACACUUUCCUUUGAGAGCUCUCAGUCUGAGGAAGUCAGGGCCAAAGGGAAUCAACACUCUAGCAGGGGGCCACAACGAAACUGAGAGGAUCCUACAUGCAAAUCUGUAACUCACAGCUCCCUUACUGUGGUCAGCUUCCCCUGUACAACACUCGGUCCUCUGAGACUGCGUGAUAGUUGAUUAGCUUAUCCUGGAGUGAGAAAAUGUGUAAAUCAGAGCACAAAUAUUAUGCAGAAAGAUGCUGUUGCUGUCUCAGUUCUGUAGUUUUAGUACCUUUCCUCCAUGUUGCCAUGGUAGCAAUUUUGAUAUGCUGUUACCAAGUUUUCCUUCAAUAAAAUGUAGUGAAAGUUAGCUAUGUGUCAAGACCUGGAGACUAGGAUUGCCAGAUAAAUCACAAGAUGGUAAUUAAGUUUGAAUUUCCAAAAAACCAUAAAUAAUUCUUAUUGUUAGUAUAUCCUUUGCAUUUUUUGAAAUUCUUAUAUUAAAAAUGAUUCUUGAACUUUGAAUUUAGCUUAGAAUGGUGUAUAUCUACUUGCUAAUUUGAUACCUCCCAAGAUAUAAGGCUAAAGGACAUAGACAUGGCCCUUGCCAUUACAGAGGU